AUGUUUUCAUGCUACAAGAAGAAUAAUACUAAAGUAGAAGAAGACAUAAAUGGUUUCUUUUUGAGGAAUGGAGGUGCUGUGUUAGAGCAAACCAUUCGUUUAUUCAAUGGAAAAUCCAAUCCACUCCGUUCAUACUCUUCUCAACAACUCAACAACGCAACAAACAACUACCAUGUUAGCAGAAUCAUACACCAGGGUGGAGGCUACAACAUGUAUAGGGGAGUAAUUGACCGUGAUGAUGAAGAUUGUGAAAUUUCUGUGAAAGUAUACACCAAUCAUAAUGUUAGUGUAGAUUUUGAAAUGAUUGCAAAUGAUGUUGCGAUUGCAUCACAGAUGAGCAACCACAAAAAUGUUUUGAAGCUCUUGGGAUACUGUCUUGACAGAGAGUUGCCUAUACUGGUCUAUGAGCUCCCUCUUCAAGGUAAUCUCUCUCGUUUUCUCCUUUAUAGAAAUGAAAAUUGUGAAAAAGAAGAACCACCACCACCAUCACCGCCAUUGCUGCUGCCAUUUGAGACCAAGUUAAGAAUUGGGAUUGGAAUAGCAAAUGCUCUAGCGUAUCUCCAUCACGGCCAUUCAAAGACCUUCAUCUAUCGAGAUAUUCGUAAGGAAGUAGUGUUGCUAGACCAAGACUAUGGUGCCAAGCUGUUUGAUUUUCAAGCAUCACUUCCAAUCCCAGAAGGGAAAACUCAUGUAGAUGUGGAUCGUGUUAUUGGAACUUAUUGGUAUAUGUCUCCAGAGGUACGUGCUUAUGGGCGUUAUACAGAAAGGAGUGAUGUCUAUGGCUUUGGGGUUCUGUUUUCUGAACUAUUGAGUGGAAAGAGUUGGGGAUAUAUGGCUGAUCCUGAUUCUGCAACUGUCAACAGUCCUUAUUUGGGAGCUUCCUUUGACAAUUGGUUUGAUGCUUGGAAAAAUGAGUUGAAGAUCAAUACAUUGAGAGAAGAAGGAGAAGAAGAAAUAAGAGGUCAAAUAAUGGAAUGUGUCAAGCUUGUAGAAAAGUGUACUAAAGAGAAUGUGGGUGAGAGACCAGACAUGGUGGAAAGCGAACAACAAGAACAAAAGUACAAUAGAAAAAGAUGGUUUGUUUAUGAAGAAUGGAGCUUGAACUGCACACUUCACAAAGGAUCAGUAAUAGUUAGUGAUGAUGAUGAAGAAGAAAUUUCUGUGAAAAUGUUCUUUCCAAAAUUUAACAAUGAAAGACACUUGAAAAUGAUUGCAAAUGGAGUUGCAGUGGCAUCACAGAUGAGCAACCACAGAAAUGUGUUGAAGCUCUUGGGUUACUGCCUUGACUCAGAGCUGCCUGUGUUGGUUUAUGAGCUCCCUUUUCAUGGCAAUCUCCUCCAUAUUUCUGAACUAGCCGGGCAGGCCCCAUUUGAGAGAAAGUUAAAGAUUUGUAUUGGAAUAGCUAAUGCAAUUUCUUAUCUCCACCAUGACCACUCAAAGACCUUUAUCAACAGAGAUAUUAGAAGGGGACAAGUGUUUUUAGACAAAGACUACAAUGCAAAGCUGUGUAGAAAGACUUGGGGACAAAUACUUUGGGAUAUUACUGAUGGUUCUUCCAAUUAUGAUUGGAAUGGUAAAUUGAAACAUGAGUUGGAGACCAAUGCGUUGGUGGAAGAGGAAGAAAUAAGAGGUCCAAUAAUGGAAUGUGCUAAAGCUGGUUGA